AUGGCCACGUUGGAGAAAACAGAUGGUUUUGACAACGUACAUGGCGGUUUUGGCUAUGGAGAACGGAAUGAAGAUGACAACCGCAUCCUUGAGUUUGCUGAAAGUCACGGGUUUUGUUUACUGAACGUAUAUUUUAGAAAGAGUUGUAACGAUAAAGGUGGUUGUAAUGAUCGUGAAGUUACCAAAAAAGACACAGAACUAAAAUUACAAUCAGGUCCGUUCAAUUCAUCUUCCGCUGAUACCCUAUUAGAUUUGUUUAAUUCUGAAAUUGUGAGGAUUGUGGAUAUCGUUGCUCCUUGUCGUUAUGUCAAAUCUACUCAUAACAGUAACAGUGCAAAAUUAGAUAGCCUUGAUAGGCCUGAUAGCAAGUUAUCUGCCGAGAUCAGCACAUUCAAAAGUGAUUUGAAAUCUUCUUUUGCUACUGUUGUUGGCCAAGAAGUGAAGAAAAACAUUGAGUGUGUCAAUCUGGAAGUUAAAACGGUUAAAAGAAAAUUAACUGAGUCAAUUGAUAUAAAAGACAGAGAAAGAAAUAUAAUAAUUUUCAAUUUACAAGAAGGUGAAGAUGAUAAAAUUCGUGUUAAAAAUAUUUUGUUAAAAUUGUUUGAUGAUAUAAAAGAUUCACAUAUAAAAUAUGUUACAAGACUUGGAAAGAAAAAUGAAUCAUCCACACGUCCAAUAUUGAUAGUGUUGGAUAGUUUGAUGUCUAAAGAGACCGUGAUGAAAAAUGCACACAAAUUGAGAGUAAACAAAUCUGAUUUUAUUUUGUUAUCAAUUUAUAGACCUGGAUCGGUUCCUCCUUCACCAUCGUUCUUUUCAGAGCUAGCGAAUGUUUUAGAAGUUUUAUCUCUGUUAAGUGAUAAAAUCGUUGUUGCGGGAGAUUUUAAUGUUCAUUUGGAUAGAAAAGAUGAUCCAAACACAGUCUCACUGAAUGAGGUACGAGAAGUAAAAAAAUGGUUCGAUCCUGGCGACGCAUAA